UGGAAUUUAAUACAGAGAAGUGUAAGGGGUUGCAUUUGGGGACGUCUAACAAGGGCAGGACCUACACAGUAAAUGCUAGGCCUCUGUAGAAUGGUGCAGAGCAGAGGGAUCUAGUCCAUGUGCAUGGUUCCUUGAAGGUCGAGUCACAGGUCGAUAAGGUGGUCAAAAAGGCUUUUGCACAUUGGCCUUCAUUAGUCAGAGUAUUGACUAUAGAAGUUGGGAGGUCAUGUUGCAGUUGUAUAAGACGUUGAUGAGACCACAUUUAGACUAUUGUGUUCAGUUCUGGGCACCGUGUUAUAAGAAAGAUAUCACCAAGCUUGAAAGGGUUCAGAGAAGAUUUACAAGGUUGUUGCCAGGACUAGAGGGUGUGAGCUAUAGGGAGAGGUUGAGUAGGCUAAGUCUCUAUUCCUUGGAGCGCAGGAGGAUGAGGGGUGAUCUUGUCGAGGUGUACAAAAUCAUGAGAGGAAUAGAUCGGGUAGAUGCACAGAGUCUCUUGCCCAGAGUAGGGGAAUCGAGGACCAAAGGUGAAGUGGAAAAUAUUUAAUAGGAAUCCAAGGGGUAACUUUUUCACACAAAGGGUGGUGGGUGUAUGGAACAAGCUGCUAGAAGAGGCAGUUGAGGCUGGGACUAUCUCAUAAUUUAAGAAACAGUUAUCCAGGUACAUGGAUAGGACAGGUUUGGAGGGAUAUGGACCAAGCGCAGGCAGGUGGGACUAGUGUAGCUGGGACAUUGUUGGCCGGUGUGGACAAGUUGGGCCGAAACGGUGUCGUAUAAGGAGAGAAGAGAAAUGUAAAGCCCGAGAGAGAGAGGUAUGGGUGGAAUCAGAUAAGGAAAGAAGUUGUAAAACCUCUAUCUUUGUUCUGCUGGCAGAUGUAUAGCAAGAUGUGUGGAGUCUACAGCCCUGAAACACUCCUGGAUAUUCUGUUGGAGCAAGAGGGAAAACAAGACCAGUCGGAGCAGGAUGAGGAAUUUGAACUGGAGAGUUGGAAGGCACAGCUCGAGUACCUCAGCAGUGUGCAGCAGGAGAGACAUCGAGUCAGCACCAGGUGGGCAGUGGGCGGAGUGUCUGCUGUCAUUCAUGAUGAUGGACAAGACAUGGAGUGCCCAGGUCGUGAGGGCGAGGAUGUUGUAUCAAAAUCACACUUUCUCCAGCUGGUGGAGCAGACGUACCAAAUGCUCUUUGAACGCCUCCAGCAAGACAGACUACAGAAACAUUGGGAAACUUCUACUCUACUAUCAUUGCUCCUGGAUUUGCAUAGAUGUUGUGAGAGAGAAAUGUCUUCCAUUUUGUCCUCACCGAUGGCCCCAGUGCAGAGGUCCCAGCUCUUCCUUUCCCAGCACUACCUGCAAUGCCAGGCCCAGCACCAAGACACUUUUGAGACAGCAGCGCUUGUGCUUGGCAUCAGCGAGUGGAGGCAGAAUGGCCACACCUCACAGUUAUAUGAGAGUAGGAAUGAAAUGUUAGCUGUGAGCAGACUGCAGGAUUUCAUCUGCACAACCUAUCCUCAGAAACCAAGGCAGUCAGUGGUCACAACCUUUGAUCCCAAGGCAUUAGUAAAGCUGGGACGGAUUCACAUUCAGAAGAUGAUUUUGGAACAGUUGUGUAAAAAUCACCAUGAGGAACGAACAUUGCUACUACAGUUUAUUUACAAGCAGAUGAUACCAGGAAUUGAUGUGGAGUCUUGCACAGAGAAGUUGGUAUGCAACGAUACUCCUAUUAACAGCCAGAAUGAAAUCUGGGAUAACCCCCCAUCAAGCAGCCCAGGACAUACCACGGGUAGUGAGAAAAGUGAUCUUCAGCUCAGUCUCUUGGAGAAAGCCUUUGUUCUGUACUGGGAAAGGAGGGAGACCAUGGUGCAGCUGUGGAGGCAAAGCCCAGCCAUCGUGGGGCUCAUGGAGCUACAGCUCAUGCAACUGGCCAAUGUCCAGGAACUGACCCAACAGAUGGAGGGACAGUUUACAAAUGACCUGGUUAGCACUUACUGCUCACUACACGAUGACUGGCAGAACAACCAGCACUAUAACAACCUGGCAGUCAUGUUCCUGGAGCUAGUUACACCAGAGAUGGAUGUUGAUCAGAUUGAGCAGGGUCUGGGAUCUGCUGAUGUUUCAGUGCAUGACAACAUGGAUAAUGGAGUUGUGUUGGACAUCUGCAAGGUUAAACCAUCUGCUGUUAGAGGUGAUGCCAUCAAUUCCAGUGAAAUAACUGCACCAACUCUGGACAACUUUCCAUUGCCACAGGAACCAACCCUUGAGGUGCACAAAUUGGAGGCGCUGGAGGAGAUUUGUGUUGGUUAUCCAGAAAACAUAGAAAAAAUGGAUCUGGGGAUUCCAAUUGAAGCUUCAGCAAAAGUCAAGAGUGAGAUACGUGAAGCAGAAGGGGGCUUGGUGAGGGAUCAGCAACACCUGGAGGAGACGGAAUCAAAGUCUGGAGAGCUGGAUGUUGUUUCUGUGGCGCAGAAUGGAGAGCAAAUGUUUGAGAUUUCUGUUGAUCAUCCGUCCAGCCAGUCACAACAGGGAGAAAUGUCUCUGCAUAUUCCAUUAGAUCAAGCCUCAGUGAAAGCCAUGUCCAACAGAGAGCAAGACCAGACACAAAAGCAGCAACAAGGAGAUGGGCCUGAUUUAAAGUCCAGAGACUCGACUCGCAUAGGUGGCCCUCGGUGUAAGACGAACACAAUAUUAAUAUCAGAAGAAGAGAAGAAGCAUGUCCUGAGGAGUCUGGCACAUGUUCAGAGGAAAGCCGAAGAGAAGCGAAGGAGAGAGAAGGAGAGGCAGACACUACGGGUACUGGAGGGCCUUUCCAUUGCUCGGAACAGGAUAUCAACUAUUGACAGACCAUGCCCUCAGACAUAUGGACAGGAUUGUCUCACUGAAGACCUGCUCAAGGAAUCUGUUCACUGGAGGACUAAAGUCAGGGAAAGUUUGGAACAACUUCGACAAGAACGUACCUUCAUUCUGAGAUCAAAAGGCGAGAGGAACACAGCCAGUUUUAAUGAACUGUUCAAUCCUGUGGAAACUAAGGAUUUUACUGAUGGGAAGAAUCAAAGUGAACAUUCAAAGGAGGUCCAACAUCCAGAUCACUGAUGUGGAGAGGUCAAUAAUGGAAAUCACUGAGAGAGGAGGGAGAAAGUAGCCGAAGCCAGUGUUUAUUGGACUAACUCAGUAGAACUCAAGACAGCAUUGACACAGUGCCACAUAUAGAGAGAAUAGUUUCCACCAACUGAAGGGAAUCGCUAACUACCUUGGAAUAAAUAGCAGAUAUUUACUUAUCUAUUAUCCAAUAGAUUUGGGGUUCAAAUAGAGGGAGGGCUGUACUGAAGUUGAUGUGGAAAAAGGGAGGGAGAUGCUGUAUGAUUGGAGUUAGAGGGAGAGGGAUGUUGUUGGAUUAGGGGUGGAGGGAGAGAGAUGUCGUUUUGGGAACGGAGAGAGAAGGAGAUGCUGUGGGAUUGGGAAUGGAUAGAGAGACACUAGGAUUAAGAAUGAUGACUGAUAAUGAAAGUGCUGUUUUUUUCCCUUUUUCCUUCUGCCCACAAUAUUUAAUAUGUAAAAUAAUAUGUGAUUCUGUUCCAUUCUGUUUGUAGUUUGUUUGGUUGGUUGUUUGUUUGUUUGUCUUUUUGCACAAAGUCUGCGAGCAUUGCCACUUUUCAUUUCACUGCACAUCUCGUAUGUGUAUGUGACGAAUAAACUUGACUUGACUUGA